UCAAUCUCCAGUGGAAUCUCAGUCUUAAUCGACUGAGAGUUUUUCAUUUCGAAACAUUAUAGCGUACUGCCUUGCUUUGCAAAACAUAUUUUUCCAAAGCGAUGUAGUUUCUGGCUUACCUUGCAGUUGUUCGGCGUACCCUAUCAGUGGUGUAACAUCAAAAGCAACGGACAUUUACACUUUGUCGGUUAAACUUCCGGCCUUGAAAAGCAGCCGGCUGCUAGUAGACUAAAAUGGAAAUUGGGACGUCUGCUGUAACACUAGUUUGUGACCUACCCGAGGAGAAAGACACUAAAAUUAAACGUUCCAAAAAGGCAUUCCUUAUUUGUGCGGGAGCUGUUGUAGGUGCAGUAGGUUUCGUUAUAGCCACUGGACUCCUUGCCGAUCAAGUGUUUCGUUUAAGAAAACAAAUAGACAGUGUUAACGGUGAGCUGUUUGAGAUCAGAUUCGAUCAACAAGUGCAGCGACGUAAUGAGGAAAAUUCCGUUUGUUUGACGAAAGAAUGUAUAUUAUCAGCGGCUACUCUGAUGGAAUCGAUGGACGAAUCGGCUGACCCUUGCGAUGAUUUUUACCAAUUUGCUUGCGGUGGAUGGCAAAAGAAAAACGUUAUUCCUCAUGGUCAUGAAGGAAUUUCACAAUUCAGCAUUUUGGAUGGCAGAAUAGAUCGUUUUAUUAAAGAAUUCUUUUUGGAGUAUAACACCGAAUUGGAUUCAAAAGCAAUCAAUAACACACGUGACAUGUACGACGCCUGCCUAGACUUGAAUGCCAUUGAAGAGUUGGGUAUCACUCCGUUAGUUAAAAUUUUAGAUUCGUUCGGCCAGUGGCCUAUGACAGUAUCUAACUGGACGGAAGAUCGUUUCGACUGGCGAAAAGCCAGUGCAUCCAUACGAAAUACCUUUGGAGUUGGAUUUCUUUUUCAAGUGUCGAAUUUCGUCGACGUCAAUGACACUGACUUCAGCGUUAUUUACGUGGACCAGCCUUCCCUGGGAGUGCCUAGUUUCAUUCUCAGAGAGAAUAACUUAACUAGCGCUCAUGUUAUGGAUUAUUUCACAUUCAUCUCCGCCGUAGCGCUCACUGUAAGGGAUGCCAUCGGUGGAGGGGCCUAUGAUAUCGAUAUCGUCAAAGAUAUUGAAGACAUGAUCAGUUUUCACAUUGAUUUAGCCAAUAUAAUGACGCUAAAUGAGCAUCGAUCUGACUGGAACUUGAGCCGAAUUUAUAAUCCAUUUUCCCUCGACGAACUGCAAAUGUGGACGGACAGUGCCAACACAACCAAUUCUAUGGGCCAAAUUAACUGGUACGAACACCUCACCGACAUUUAUUCCAUUGCUGAUGUCUCCAUCAAUCCUGAUGAGAAAAUUGUUGUCACUGAACCAGAAUACCUUAAAAAAUUGGUGCAGUUGUUGGAUCAGACAUCCCCCAGAGUGAUUGCUAAUUUCAUUCAUUGGCGACUCGUACUUGAAAACAUUUACGAUCUGAAUGAUGAACUGAUGAUCAUGGCGGAUGCAUUUGAUGAAGCCAUUUAUGGACCAUUUCCAAUACCAUCUAGAGAGGACUGGUGUUUGGAAAGGGUGCACGUUUUGAUGGGUUUCGCCAUCGGUGCUAAAUAUGUCGAAGAUUCAUUCGAUCCACAAACUAAGGUUGACAUGAAAGAGAUGAUCCUCAAUUUAAAAAUGGCCUUCAGCUCUCUUGUAGAGGAUUCCAACUGGAUGGACAAGGAGACGAAAAUCAAUGCGCUAGAGAAAGCGGCAGCUAUGAAAGAGUAUAUCGGUUAUCCAGAUUGGAUUACUAAUAGAACUACACUUGAACUGGCCUAUCACGGAAUUAAUACCAAACCAGACACGCAUUUCGAUAAUUUUCAAUCUGCCAAACGAUUUAUGGUGAAGAACAAUUUAAGGUUUCUUCGCUUCAGAACCAAUCGUGAUAAUUUGUGGAUCUCAUUCCCAGCUGUCGUGAAUGCAUUUUACUAUCCAAUGCUGAAUUCCAUAACUUUCCCUGCUGGAAUCUUACAGCCCCCUUUUUAUGGCAAAGGGCGUCUCGCUGCUUCAAAUUAUGGUGCUAUUGGUGCCGUAAUUGGUCACGAAAUCACGCAUGGUUUUGACGAUGAAGGUUACAAGACCGAUAAGAAAGGACAUGAGAUAUCCUGGUGGUCAAACCACACAUUAAUCGAAUUCUACAAGAAGAAGCAAUGCAUCAUCGACCAAUACAGCAAUUACACCCUGCUGGAACUGAAAGAAACCGAUGCCUUUCACGUAAACGGAAGCAACACGCAAGGUGAAAACAUAGCAGACAAUGGUGGUCUUAGAGAAGCUUUCCGAGCCUAUCAAAACUACGUCGCCAGAAACGGCCCUGAAAAGCGAUUACCCGGUCUGGAACAUUACACUCCAGAGCAGAUAUUCUUUCUCUCAUUUGCCACUGUUGAGUGCAGUAACGAAAGUCCUGAAAGCCUCGAGGAUCAAGUUCUUUUUGGUGUUCAUACUCCUUCUCGUUAUCGUGUCAUAGGACCACUGUCCAAUUCGGAUGAUUUUAUUCAACAUUUCAAAUGUCCCACCAGCUCCCCCAUGAAUCCUCCAAACAAAUGUACUGUAUGGUUGUUAGCCUCACAUAUAAAAAUUCAAAACUGUUUAUUACUCCGGGCUUAAUUCAACAUUUUAUGCAGGUCA